AUGCCGUUGGUAUAUUUGUUCACAAACCUGAAGGAAUCUGCUCUUAAAGAAGGAAUUGAGGACAGAAUAGCUCAAACUAUUGCAGAAACCCUAGGAAAACCACUUGAAAAAAUGUCUGUGAUUAUCGUGCCAGGAACACGGUUGUUGAGGCUUCGUACGACAGAACCAGCGUGUACCCUGCACAUUCAUGCAAUCAAUGUGUUUGAUGCAGAGAGAAACCCCAGGUAUGGUCCUUCCAUCAAGAAGCUUCUAAAGGACGAACUUGGCCUAGAGGAGGAAAGAUGUGCCAUUAUAUAUCACGACUUGAUCUUUGAGUUCAUUGGUUAA